AUGGGAAAUAAAUUAUCCAAGACAUUGAAAAAAAAUACACCAUUUCCGACAAUAAAUACACAAGAAAAUCCUGACUUCAAAUAUAUUAAUGGUCGAAGAUAUCAUAACGUUGAAAGCGUGAAAUAUACUCUUCCAAAUGAUGAUGAAGAAGUAGACAGAUUACAUCAACAACAUUUCUUACUUCGAUAUAUUUGGCAGAAAAAUUUUGCAUCGCCUGUAAAACAUAUUUUAAAUCAAAAUGGCACAAAAGUUCUUGAUGUUGGAUUCAUGUUUUUAGCAAUUCCUAAAGACAGUUGGGCUGACACCAUCAAUGAAAUGACUAGAGUUUUGAAACCGGGGGGAUAUUUGGAGUUAGUGGAAAUUAAUCCUAUGCCUUUUCAAAUGGGUCCCGUUUCAAGCCAAUUUUUUAUUCCCGAUGAUCUCCGAAAACGAGGUUUAGAUCCAGAAAUAGUUUACUAUUUGCGAACAUAUUUUGAGAAACAAGAAAACCUUGAAAAUGUCAUAGAAGAAAAGAAUCGUUUACCAUAUGGUCCCGAAGCUGGCAAACUAGGUCAAGCGGCUGUAGAAAAUACCAGGCUUGGAUUUUCUCACGUAAAGCCUUUUUUACAGGAAGCUUUGAAGAUAAGCUCGGAAGAAUUUGAUAAUAAGCUGGAUAUAAUGGUUAAAGAAUUACGCGAGUAUGAUACUUAUCAUGAUACAUGUUGCGUUUAUGCAAGAAAAAAGGAAAUUAUUGAAUGA